UUGAAAGCUCUCGCACCCAUUAUAAGGCAAAUGUUCGACUUGAUAAAAAAACACGGUCGCCCAGUAUUCGCCAGUCGCGAUGCAGUUAUUUAUCUGUUCAAUAGUUUCAGGUACCUGGGUAUUAACCCGCCGAAUAAGUAUCGUAUUCCAUAUUUCUUUUACUCGUUCAUUACCUGUUUUAUCGUACUCUUCUCGCCGGUUAUUAGCAAUGUUGGUUGGUUGCGCGAUCGAAAUAAGCUAUCUGUUAUGGAAAUAUUAACUUGCGUACAAGCCUCUUUAAAUAUAGUUGCUAUACCAAUUAAAAGCAUCGCUUUGGCAAUGUCAAAAAAUCGUCUUCGUGCCAUUGAACCUCUAGUAACGGAACUGGAUAAGUAUUACACACGAUCUGUAGAUAGGGGAAAAAUACGUAAAUGCGGCAUAACUGGUAAUCGACUAGUUUUUGGAUUCGCGGUUGCAUACUUCACGUAUGAAACAUUGACUGUUGUGGCCGCAUUAGUGGGUGGACAUGCACCGCUAUCGCUCUGGAUUCCGAAUGUUGAUUUCCAUAGAUCUGCAUGGGAGUAUUGGCUACAAGUUAGCUAUGAUGCAUUUAUACUUUUAUUACUGUUAUAUCAUCAAGUAGUAAACGACUCAUAUCCGGCCGUUUAUAUAUAUAUUAUACGUACACAUAUACAGCUUUUAGCAGCUCGUGUCGAACGUUUGGGUUAUGAUGAGAAGAAAAGUGUUGAUGAUAAUUAUAAAGAGCUAUUAGAAUGUAUUGUUAUACAUCAGGAAAUACUAAAGGUUGCCAGCAUUGUUGAGUCCAUCAUGUCUGUGACUGUAUUCACUCAGUUUUUUGUAGCUGCAGCUAUACUUGGUGUCACGAUGAUUAACAUUUUCAUUUUUGCUGAUCUUACGACUAAAAUUGCUUCCAUCACGUAUUUUUUCUGUGUACUCCUUCAGACAUCGCCGACAUGUUACCACGCGUCAUAUUUGUUGGCUGAUUGCGAUGAGUUGCGCCUGGCUAUUUUUAAAUGCAAUUGGGUUGACCAGAAUAAACGUUUUAAUAAUUUGUUAAUCUACUUUUUGCAUCGUUCUCAGGAUUCCAUUCCCCUUUUCGCCAUGAAAUUAGUGCCGAUAAAUUUGGCCACUAAUUUGUCGGUGAGUUACUUUGGCCUAUAA